CGGUACAGAAUAGUGAGUUGGUUCCUCGACUAAAGUCACCAACUCCCUACCUUCAAUCAAGGAUACUCUAUUAACCUAGGCAGAUAUUCUCAUUCUAGGUUAAAGCAGAAACAACAGGAAUUUGAUCAGGAUUCAAGUCAUUCAAUCAUUAAAACCUCAAUCGAAUAUAAUCAAUCACAGAAUCAGUACUUGGGUUCAUACAAUCAAAGCCUAACAUACAAAUCUAGGGUUCUCCAUACCCAGAUGAAUGGGAGAACUACUCCAUGGAGAAGAAAGCAAAAGCAGAAACAGACACGGAAUUCAUACUGCGAAGGACGGAUUCCGGCUCCUGGACGUUGAUUGGCACUUCUCCAAGCUCAAGCUGGCCUCCAAUGGUGUUGAAGAUCAAUCUAGGGCACUUGGGAACUCUUGCUCGUCACUUUCUCUCUCUAGGAACUGAUCUCUCUCUCAAAAACUCGAAUUCCCCUUCUGUUUGGCUGAAAAUCUGCUUAAAAAGGCAUCAGCCAAAGCACGGUCGAGGGCACGGCCGUGUAAUGCCUCAGCCCGCCCGUGCUUUGGCUAGUGUUAAUUACACUAGCAGCAGUGGGGAGAAACACGGCCGUGCUUCGCUUUGGACACGGCCGUGUAAUGCUUGAACACGCCCGUGCUUUGUUUUGGCCCUGCCCGUGUAAUCAGCUCAGCUCUCGGCAUAAAAAGCACGGCCACCAGAACACGGCCGUGUAAUGAUUUAGGUGUGCCCGUGUUUUGGCUCCAGCUCACCGAAAUGACUUCCGAAUGCCCCGAAACUCGCGCUUAGCCUUCCCUUCGACACCUGGGACCUGAAACAUGACAAAAUAGCACAACCCGGCGUAAAAUAGGCCACAACACACGAAUAUGCCCCUCAAACGGAUAAGAACUAGGGGCGCAAACAUGUGCAAUUACAUCGUUAUCAGGGCCCAAGCCCACAAAGCACCACAAGGCCCAACUGAAGCCCAACAAAAUAUCACAAGGUUUUACCUAUAAAUAUGCUCCUAGGUCUUCCAAGUAAAGGGGUUCUCCUCUUCUUCUCAUUUGGACAGAUCACUUAUCUCUCUAUACAAUCUCUCUCUAUCUUUGCUCUUCUUAUAAGUCUCUAAUGUUGAUCGUUGGAGUGUAGAUAAUCGGGGCCAACCCCGCCCUUUCACAGGUCUGGCGCCUCCCUUGUUUCUCGGCUGAAACAACUUACAUGAUGCUAGAUAUCGCAUAUGCGAUAGAACAAUUAAGUUGGUAAGUGAUGAAUCCUAGUUCUCAUCAUUUGGAUUGAAAUGAGGUGUGUACUAGGAUCUGUCAAAGACACACUGUAUUGACUUAUAGUGGCUUUCCAUUAAUUUUGGAAGGAUUUGUUGAUUUUAGUUGGAUUUCUCAUGUUAAAGGUGAUACUUCAACAUUGAGAUGAGUCCUCUUGCUUGGGAGAGGUGUCAUAUUUUGGGCCUCUAGAAAGCAAACUUACAUCACUAAGUUUCACUAUGGAAUCAAAGUUAUUGUGGUCUUGGUUUCUCUUAGAGAAGAGACAUAAUUGUUGAGAGGUUUGGUUUAUGACAUAUAUUUAUGGCCUAAACCAAUCUCACCUAUUACUGUCUUUUGUGAUAGUAAUGCUAAUUUGGCUAAGACAUAUAGUCAAGUGAAAAUGACAAGUACGGUCAUGUGGGAGUACGGCACGGUAAAAGCUGUGAACUGAUCAUUCAUAGUGUUUGUCUAGACAGUAUAACCAGACUUGAAAUAAUUUGGUUGAUCAUUUGACGAAGUGGUUAACUAGUGACUUGGUGAUCAAGUCUGUGAAAGGGAUGGCUUAAAGUCCAUAUAAUUUAUGGUAAUGGGACACCCAAUUCCCCUCUUAUACAACGUUAGAGGCUAAAUUCAAUGUGGAAAGCUUAUUGUCGGAAAUUGAAGCACAAAAUUUGUCAUCCCAAGGUAUGUGCUUGUUAUCUUGCAUGAGAGAAGAGGAUGAAGUUCAAAACUUCUUAAUUGAAUCUUUGAAAAAGUGUAUUAUGCGGGUACAUGAAUAAGAGAUUCAACCUACGUAAGCAUGAAAUGUAGCCGCUUCAAGAAACCCGGACUUUGGUUUCGUGUGCGCUUAUGAGAAGGAUUGGACACAUGGCGGUUAAUAGUGUCAAGUCGCUUAGAAGUUUUGAAAACUUAAGUGUAUAUUAUCUUCGAAUAUUCAUAUGAUUCAAUGUGUUCAAUCGUUACCGACACCCUUUGUAUUCGAAUAUUUUUCAAGUGUAAUAUACUAAGGUGAAAAUU